UGUGCCCAUCCUUUUCCUCCUGCUCUGUAUCUUAGAAAGAGCUCGGCUGUUCUGCUACUGACCCUAAACAUGGCAUCUUGGUGUGUGAAGGUGACCUCUGGUAUUGUGAACCAUAUAGUCAAUCUUAGCAAGUAGCCUAUCAAUUCAAGAGACAUGAAUUGCUGGCAGGGAAUGCAGAGCUGGUAUCUCAUUGAUAGAGCUGGUACUGGCAGUUUCUCUCUGAUAUUUUUGAGUCAGGCUGUCUGUCACUACUGUAGCCCAGGAUGAACCCCAGGUACUUGCUUUAUUCCUCCUGCCUCAGCCUCCCCUUGGGAUGAGAGAUUUACACUUCUACAUGUAGUUUCCAAAUCACUUGAAAUGGGGAGUUCUGGUAGGAUUUGUCCAGACUUUAUUGUAUAGGGCCUCCUUGACAGCCAGGUGUGAUUCAUUGUCCACACACCUGCAUGCUGCGCUUGUUGAAGAGUGAGACAAAGUAAAGUGGGCUAGCACUGGUAUGAGAGACCAACCUGCCCUGUUGUGGGAGUUCCUGUCCUCAGUUUCACCAUGUAUGUAGAUCUGCUUGGGAAAGUCCGAGGAGUGGGGGCUAGGACAGGUCAUAGGAACCCUGGUGGAGAAGAAGAGGGGAGAACAUUGACCUUUCCAGUGUUAUGAGUUUAUUCCCUUAAUCCAGAGAGGGACCUGGGUGGUGAGAGCACAACCCAGUUCAAAGGUGAGGUGGUGACAGCCCAAGCCAGUUCCUGUUUCAUGCAUCCUCUGUGCCACACCCAUAUCUGCUAUGUUGGAGCAUCAAGGUGACUUGAGGGUGCCAUCUUCUACUCUGCCCAGAACUUGGCCCUCUGACCUUUUGUAAUGCUCACAGGUAUGGCUGCAUCAUGUAAAAUAAUUGGUGCUGAAGGUGGAGGAUCCAAAGAAGUAGGAUCCCAAGUUAAAGAUUGAGAAAGUAGAGGGGUGGAUCAUUGUUUAAGAGCAUUCCAAACCCAGAUUUACUCAUCAGCACCUUCAUUAGGAGAGUCACAGUUUCCUAUAACUCCAGUUCCUAGUUAUCUGAUAUGCCCUUGUGGCCUCCUUGGAUGUAUUUACACAUGUAGGCACUCACACAUAGACAUAACAAAAGUAAAUUGUGUGUGUGUGUUCUUUGUUUUUUGAGACAAAGUUUCUCUUAUGUAACUCUAUCUUGGAAUUCCAUAUAUAGACCAGUACGGGCUUGAACUCACAAAGAUCCAUCCACCUGUCUCUGCUUCUUAAGUGCUGGGAUCAAAGGUGUGCUCCACCAUGCCCAGUUGAUUUUUUUUUUUUAAGUUCAAAGUUAAGUUGGGAGUAAAGUGAUAGUGUAAGACAUUAAGUUCAAUCCCCAGCAUGCCAACCCCCAGAAAAAAAAUUCAUCAUCAUCUUCAGCUGCAUACCAAGUUUGAGGCCAACCUGGGUUACAUGAGAACCUCAUGCCCUCCCCAAAAUACCAUAAAUAUAAAUGAGAACAAAAUUCAGCACACUAAAAGGUUAUUUUAUUAAGCACACCUCCCUGAGGGGCAACCUUUUUGAUCCCCAGGGUUCCUGGUGUCCUUCAAACCUGAUGUCUUGUCUCUUUUCCAGGGCACUAUUCCUGCUCAGCAAGGGGAUGUUGCUGCUGAUGGAGCGCAAACUGCAAGAGGUGCACCCAUUGCUCACUCUGUGCGGGCAAAUCGUGGAGAACUGGCAGGGCAACCCCAUCCAGAAGGAGUCACUGCGUGUCUUCUUCCUGGUGCUGCAGGUGACCCACUACCUGGAUGCUGGGCAGGUGAAGAGUGUCAAGCCAUGCCUGAAACAGCUGCAGCAGUGCAUCCAGACCAUCUCCACGCUACACGAUGAUGAGAUCCUGCCCAGCAACCCUGCUGACCUCUUCCACUGGCUGCCCAAGGAGCACAUGUGCGUGCUCGUCUACCUGGUCACAGUGAUGCAUUCGAUGCAGGCUGGCUACCUGGAGAAGGCACAGAAAUACACAGACAAGGCACUAAUGCAGUUAGAAAAGCUCAAGAUGCUGGACUGCAGCCCCAUCCUGUCAUCCUUCCAAGUGAUCCUGCUAGAGCAUAUCAUCAUGUGCCGGCUCGUCACAGGCCACAAGGCCACUGCACUACAGGAGAUUUCCCAGGUCUGCCAGCUGUGCCAACAAUCCCCCCGGCUCUUUUCCAACCAUGCUGCCCAGUUACACACACUGCUGGGCCUGUACUGUGUCUCUGUGAACUGCAUGGACAAUGCUGAAGCCCAAUUCACCACAGCCCUGCGGCUCACCAACCACCAGGAGCUAUGGGCCUUCAUUGUGACCAACCUUGCGAGUGUGUAUAUACGGGAAGGAAAUAGACACCAAGAGGUACUGUACAGUUUGCUUGAGAGGAUAAACCCAGACCACAGCUUCCCAGUCAGCUCACACUGCCUCCGAGCGGCAGCUUUCUAUGUGCGUGGGCUCUUCUCCUUCUUCCAGGGCCGCUACAAUGAAGCCAAGCGAUUUCUGCGAGAAACUUUAAAGAUGUCGAAUGCAGAGGACCUGAACCGCCUCACAGCCUGCUCCCUUGUGCUGCUGGGUCACAUCUUCUAUGUGCUAGGGAAUCACAGGGAGAGUAACAACAUGGUGGUGCCUGCCAUGCAACUGGCCAGCAAGAUCCCAGACAUGUCUGUGCAGUUGUGGUCAUCGGCCCUCCUGAGAGAUCUAAACAAGGCAUGUGGGAAUGCCAUGGAUGCCCAUGAGGCUGCACAGAUGCACCAGAACUUCUCCCAGCAGCUGCUACAGGACCACAUUGAGGCCUGCAGCCUCCCAGAGCACAACCUCAUUACGUGGACAGAUGGCCCACCUCCUGUGCAGUUCCAAGCUCAAAAUGGACCCAACACCAGCCUGGCCAGCCUUCUGUGAGGCCCUUCUGGCCUGUGUCCCCAACUUGGACCCAACACUGAAGCUCUCUGGGAACAAAACCACCAGGGUAUCUACCAGUCCCUCACCGUUGUCCAGAGCUGAGUGAGUCCCAGGAGUGCUGGAGUCAUCAUCUACCACUGAGGGUGACAGCUGAUCCCUGCCUGUACCAGGACUCAGUGCCGUCUCUUGGAGGGGACUGAUGUCCUAAUCUGUAUCUGAAUAGGAUGACAAUCUGUACAGGGCCAUCAUUAGACUGUUCAACCAAACCUUGGUGCCGACUACCUAAGUGCAACAGCACAAAGCGGCCUACAGCCCAGGGCAAGCUGAGGGUAGAGAAAUAGCCCUCACUUUCCUCAUCCUGCUGUUCUUCCAGUGUCCCUGCACUCAGGGACUUUUGAGGACCUGGAAGUCAGCCUCUCGACCUGACUGUUCCUGGAAGGUGAUCUUAGUGCAGGGGAGGAGCUUGGGACCAGGUGUGCAUGGUGCAGUUGAUGGCAGCUGAGACUUUGGGUACCCACCUUGCCUUCGGCCAUCUCCUUGCUCAUAUUCAACGUCGCCUUUUGGCCCAGGGUACUAGGCAGAAGUCCCGCUGGACCUGUAUGAAGGAGCUUCCUUCCUGGCAGCUGUGCAGCCUUCCCAUGGAGGACACAUACGGGACCAUCUCAGCUCCUCUUGGCUUAUGGGCUCCACCAAGGGUGACACAGUGAUGUCAAGGGACAAUGGUUCCUGCCAGUUUGCGGUACCUAGACAGGUACUCUCUUUGGUGGUAAAGAUGGUGCUUGGGAGCUGUCUGUCACCCAGGCACCAUGAAGGCCACUUCUCAGAGCUUUGGAAUUUUGGAAUCCAUGACUGAAGGAACAAGGCUCCAAGGCCUUCGUGGACAUUGUCACUGAGCCACGUGGCAGCCACUGUCCCUGGUCAGGUGCUCCCAACCUUUUCAUCUUCCUCCAGCCCCUUGGGUCCCAGGGACCCCCCCCCUCAGUGUCUGCAUCACAGCCCUGCCUAUUUAUUUAUGCUUUCUUUUCUUUUUUUCUUUCUUUCUUUUUUUUUUUUGCUUCUAGGGCAUUUUGUACAUAGAGCAUUUCAAACAAGAACCUUGCAACUUGACAUCUGUCCUGGUGUUAGAGUACUUUUAGUGACCAUGUCUUAAGCACUGAAAACUAAGGAUGAGGUUAUGGCAAAUUCCAUGAUCGGUGUUGAGGGGUCAACUGAAGUGAAACCUCCAUGACCUCAGUGCAGUCACCACAGUGUCCAUUAACUAAAGAUUGAGAGAAAAACCCAAAAGGGCCAGCACGCACAGAUAUUAUGGUUCAGGAGGUCCUUAGAGGGAGCCACAAGCCACCCAGGGAGCCAGGCUGGGGUAUAGCCCUAUGUGUCUGUCAUCCUUGGUCCACAGGUGACACAGGUGAAGGAAGGUAUGCCAUGAGUGUGGAGAGUUUUUAAUGUGGUGUUGCCUGGUUUUAGCAGCUUGUGCUUUUAAUCAAGAACUUAACAGUUUUAAGUGGAAAGCUGUGAGAAGUCCACCUGUAUUGCUGGUCUCUUCCUACAGGACUCCUCCAGUCUUCUCAUUUUCCCACCCUUCAGCCCUCCCAGCAGCCCCUCUGUAGACUGGAGUCCAGCCUCAAAGGCACAGCCCUUUUCUGAACUUAGCCUAGUGGGAAGCUGAUCCACAGCCCCUUUUUCUGUUUGAUUUUUGGGUGGUUUGGUUGAUUGAUUCUUUUGUUCUUGCUUGUUUUGAGGGCUCUGCAGUGCAGCGGUCACCAGCCUGAGUAACUCAGUUUUCUUGUCUCAAUCUCCCAAGUGCUGAGAUUACAGGCAAAUUCCACCAUGCUUGACUCUUUUAGUUUGGCUUUGGGGUUUUGAUUGGAAGGGACAGUUCUUCGAGGUUUGUUUUUUUGUUUUGUUUUGAGAUGGUAUCUCUUAUUUGUGAAUGACCCUGAGUUCUGAUUCUCCUCUAACCUGUGGUGACAGGCUUUUGCCAUUACACCUGCUUUACCUGGUACUGCUAGGCUAGUGGUCCACCAACUGAGCUAUAGCUUCAUCUCUUAGUCCCCUGUCUUGAUACAUUUGGUUUAGACCCUCUCUGAAGGGCAUUCCACCCUGCAGCUCCAGCACACAAGCCCCUAGACAGGUUUGCUCCUAUACCCAGGUGUCCCACUGGUCCCUUUCCAGCAUUUGGGAAGCUGAAAUGGAAGAACUAUUCCAAGUUCCAUGCCAUUCAGGGCACCACAGUGAACACAAAUACACCAAUAAAAGAAAGCCUGGGCCAACCCUUGUGCUCCAGAGUGGGGAAGGCUUUUUGCUGUGCCAUGAGAUUGGUUAUUUGCUUGUUGAAUCUUGACUGUUGAGUUGAAAUCCAUAUAAAAUUAGACAAGUUUUGUUGA